AUGGAUGCAAGAGCCUUAAUUGAAAACCUCAAAGCAGAUCUCACUUGCUCUAUCUGCCUGGGUUACUUCACUGACCCAGUGACUGUCAAAUGUGGCCAUAGCUUUUGUACAGAGUGUCUUUUCCAGUGGGAGAAGGGAGCUGAUGGAACCUUAACAUGCCCAGAGUGCAGAGGAGUCAUCAAAGAUAGUGACUUGGUGCCCAACAGGAACCUGCAGAAUCUGUCCAUCACUACCAAAAUCCUCAGACCUCAUUUGCUGAAGAGCAUGGUGGGCCUGACUACUUGUGAUCAACACUGGGAAAAAGAGAAAUUCUUCUGUGAGGAAGACCAGAGGGUCCUCUGUGAUUCCUGUUUAUUAGCCCAAGAGCACAAGGAUCACCAAGUGCUUCCCUUGGACACAGCUGCUGACAAGGGCAAGGACAAGCUCCAGAAGAUACGAACUCUCUUACAGAAAAAAGAAGAGAAAUUUAAAACUGCAUUAGGCAAAGUGAGAAAAAGAGAGACACACUAUAAGGAGGAUGCCUACACUAUGAAACAGUCCAUUAUUUCUGAAUAUAAGAAGAUGCACCAGUUCUUAUGGGAUGAAGAAUAUCAAUACUUGCAAAGACUGGAUGAGGAAUCCAGAGACAACCUGUUCAAACUGGAGGAGAGCAAGGCCAACCUGUCCCGACAAAUCCAGAAUCUACAGCAAAUGAUUUUAGAAGUAAAGGACAAUUUGGACAAGGUGCCUGUGGAAAUGCUCCAGGGCAUGAUGGGCACUUUGAAAAGGAGUGAGGAGUCACUUCUUCAAGAACCAGAGCUUGUUUCCCCUCCCUGGCUCACCUUCCCCAUCACAGGCUUGAGAGAAGUGCUCAGGACUUUCCAGACAGAUAUAACUCUUGAUCCUGAAUCAGCCAAUCCUCAUCUCAUCCUGUCUGGAGAUUUGAAGAGUGUCCAGUAUGGAAAUGUCCCUCAGGACCUGCCUGACAAUAAAGACAGAUUUGACUGUGUUCUUGCUAUUUUAGGGGCCCAGACCUUCACCUCAGGCAAACACUACUGGGAAGUGCAGGUAGGAGAUAAGACAGAGUGGGAGUUGGGCAUCUGUAAAGAUUCAGUCAGCAGAAAGGGGAAGCUCUCUUCCUCCUCUGAGGAUGUAAGGACAAUAGUAGGCUGCACAUGGGGAAAUUAUUUCCUCCUCUGGAAUUCACAAAUGGGCUCUCAGACCAGUCUGCCUAUUCAAAAAGUGGGCAUUUUUCUUGAUUAUGAAAAGGGACACAUAGCAUUUUAUGAUGUCACAGAAGGAUCCCUUAUCCACAGUUUCUCCAACAUAGCCUUUGAAGGGCCUCUUCGCCCUUACUUCUCUCUUUGUCUUCCUAAUAAGGAAAGUAGACCUGGAUCACUCACUAUCUGCACAGGAGAGUAA